CGCUUUAUCUGAAGACUGUGUAGUGGGCAGAGAUGAGAGAGAAGUAAGAGAGAGGGAGAGAGGAGAGGUACCCGUAUGAAAGGAAAAAGCAGCUUUGUCUUUUGUACCCCUUAAUUUGCAUUUAAUUCAAUUCUAUUCAAAGGAUUCGUCCCUUCUCUCUCUUGGACUACAACCGACUCGCUGCUCCUGGCGGACAAAGGAGAAAAAGAAAUGAUUUUACGUGGAAGAAACAGAAGGCGGUUUCGCCAUUAAUGGGGUUUUGGAGAGCUAGUGGCGCAAAAGACAAAGCUUCUUCCAGGCACUUCCAAGUCUCGCCAUGGCUUACACUAAUAACAAGACCAACAACCAAGCCAGCACUCCUCACAUGGAUUCACUCCCACUUCAUCAAAUUCAAGACCACCGCAUCUCUUUCGGAAUGAUGCAAUCUUCUUCCUCCUCUUCCAUCCCGGCCGCCAAUUUUCUAAGUAAGGAUUCCGGAGCUUACGAUUUAGGCGACUUGGAUCAAGCACUUCUUUUGUAUCUCGACGGACAGGCCGACCCUUCCUCCAUUAAUGUUCAGGACCAAAGACAGAACUCAUCAUCGUCGGGAAUGAGGCCUCCGACUCUCAACAUUUUCCCGUCUCAGCCUAUGCACGUAGACCCGCCUUCAUCCAAGGCUAGCGUGGAGUUGGUUUCUCCCCAGAGCAGUGGUUCCAAGAGACCAUCGGAGCCGCCCAUGAAGUUGUCUAGCUCGCAAAACGAAGGCCCCGCCGCCGCGAAUCAAUCAGCCAAAGCUGUCAAGCGGGACAGCACUCGCAAGGGCCCAACCUCAAGCUCUGAACAGGAAGGGCCUAGAACACCUGAUCCUAAGACACUUAGGAGACUAGCUCAGAAUAGAGAGGCAGCUAGGAAAAGCAGGCUUAGAAAGAAGGCAUAUGUGCAGCAGCUAGAGUCAAGCAGGAUCAGACUGAAUCAGCUGGAACAGGAGUUGCAGCGUGCUAGAGCUCAAGGCAUAUUCUUCGGAGGAUCGGGUGCAAUUUUUGGAGGAGAGCAAGGCCUUCCUGUGGCUAUGAGUACCGUUAGCUCAGAUGCUGCAAUGUUCGACGUGGAAUACGGGAGAUGGGUAGAGGAGCACCAGCGGCUAGUGUGCGAGCUGAGAGCGGCGGUUCAAGAGCACCUGCCGGAGAACGAGCUGAGGCUGUUCGUGGACAACUGCCUUGCUCACUGUGACCAAGUUAUGAACCUCAAGAGCAUUGUGGCUAAAACCGACGUCUUCCACCUUGUUUCCGGCAUGUGGAAGACUCCCGCCGAGCGUUGCUUCAUGUGGAUCGGUGGAUCUAGGCCCUCCGAACUCAUUAAGAUAAUCCUAAGUCAAAUAGAGCCGCUGACGGAGCAACAAAUACUUGGGAUAUGUGGACUGCAACAAUCCACGCAGGAGGCAGAAGAUGCACUCUCACAAGGGCUGGAAGCUCUGAAUCAAUCUCUCUCGGAAACCAUAACGUCAGACUCCUUGAGCUGCACCCCUAAUAUGGCCAACUACAUGGGACAAAUGGCCCUGGCCAUGAAUAAGCUCUCCACCCUCGAAGGUUUCGUCCGACAGGCGGAUAGUCUUCGGCACCAAACGAUCCACCGUCUGAAUCAGAUCCUAACGACGCGUCAGGCGGCGAGGUGUUUGCUGGCCAUGGCGGAGUACUCUUAUCGUCUGAGAGCCCUCAGCUCUCUGUGGGUCGCUCGCCCUCGUCAGGACUAAGCAG